AUGGCAGGCAUCACGAACUGGGUGCAUCCUGCUGUGGCGCUGCUGCCUCCGCCGGGCGGCUCCAACACGGUGUCGUUCAGAGAUGGCCAGGAGAAUGGGGAUGCGGACGUGCAGCACCAGCGGGAGCUGAAGUUCCCAGAGCAGUCAAACUCACAAGCACUUUCUCUUGCAGAGAUUUCUGGCCUCGCAAAGCCGAGAGCAGUCCCACCGGCCUUUAUCCCGCCCACGCAGAACAACGUCUACACAAAAGAACAGCUCAAGGACUGGGGCUACCCGGAGUAUGACUCCAAGUACGACGACGCGGGUUGGCUGUCGCAGCAGUUCCGGCGUGAAGCAGACGACCCGCGUGAAAACCCGAACUUCUUUCUAACCCACGAGGAUCCCGAGUUCUGGAACAAUGCUGCGCGCAAGCCCCACAUGAAGGCGCUCAUGCAGUCCGAUGAUCACUGGAAGUUGAGAAAGAACACCUGGUUGCAGCAGUUUCAAGAGGUGCAGACCACCAAUCAGUUUCGGCGAGAGCUGGCGGACUGUUUGGAUGAGUGUACCAUGGCUACGAGGCGCUUGGUAACCCCAAUGCUGCACUACCGGGCUGUGGAGGCCUACUUGAUGCAGGUUGUGAGACAAGCUCAAGAGCGGGGUGUACCUUUCCCACAGUUUGUGGAAGCUCCAGAGACACAGAGGAUGCUCUUCGACUUCCGCAACACGGUUGAUACCGAAGGUGAUAAGGGUGCUGACAGGAUCUUCCAGGACUGGCACCAGCGCGGCCUCAAGGAGAAAGCUGCUGCAGACGAGCGCCGAAAGAUUCAAGGACCUCAAGCGGAUUCAAGUAUGAAAGAGGUCCAUGAUGGACUUAGCUUCGCAACCAAGUAUCGCAAGGACGGGGUGGUGGAGUGGGAAAGAGGCAACGCUGAGGAUGCCUUGAAGGCGUGGCGUCUUGGUUGCGAGGCUCUGGAAAGGAUCCGUGUACCAGAGACACACGCAUCCGAGCAGAAGUUCUUCUCAGAGGUCCGAGUGGCGCUCUUAAAGAACAGAGCUUUGGCGGCGCUUAAGCUCAAUUGUUGGCAAGAGGCCCUGGAGGCCGCUGAAGAUGUUCUCAAGACGGACGACCAGGACCACAAAGCCUGGUUCAGGAAAGCCUGCGCAUUGGAAGGCCUUGGACGUCUACAAGAGGUAGAAAAAUGCCUAAAGAUGAUAGACAGCAUUGCGGUCGGGCGCCCUGACAGAGAUCGGCUGGAGCGUGAAACAUCUGCGAAGCGAGAGAAGGUACAAGCCCUGCUCAGCAGAGAUGAGGCAUCCCAGCAGCGCAUGCUGAAACUGGGAUUGCAGAAAGGCUUGUUCAGCCAGGAGCGCUCGGCUGAUGCAUCUGUGCCAACAAAGGCUCAGAAGGCAUUACCACAGCCGGACGUCCUCAGCCAGACCCCGGCGUUGCAGAAUUUGGAUGACACCUCCAGGAAGAGGCUCACCCACGACGGUGCUGAAGAGCUCCUGAAGGAGCUGGAGCUUGCAUACUCCGAGCCCAACUUCAGAGAGCAGGUCCGCAAACUUGCUCGAGAUGUUAACGACCAAGAGGAGUUUGUCCAGUACCUGAAUCAGGUGGCUCUGCCAGUGCAGAAGCCAGUCCUGGAGAGAUGGGGCUUCGAGGCAACAGAAGUGGGGGUCACCGAAAUGAGAAGGGCCAUCCAGGACCAUACCGUUGGAGAUGAUGCGAAACUCAAGAGGCAGGCUCAAGCCACCACUCGUGCCCUCUAUGGCGAAAUGUACAAUGCGGUGCGAGGUGGCAAGUCUGCCAGGGAGCGCGGCGCUCCAACCGCUGCCUCGUUCGUGCCGGAGAAGGACCGGCUCAAAGAAGCUGAGAAGAGGCUGCAGCGACGACUCCGCGGAGAGGACCCCAACUCCGAUGAGGAGUCCAAGAAGAAGGAUGAUCCAUCCCGUCUCUAUGCCCAUUGGAGAGCUAGAUAG